GUAAGGGUAACUACUGGACACUAGACCCAAACUGUGAGAAGAUGUUUGACAAUGGAAACUUCCGUCGUAAGAGGAAGAGGAAGUCUGAUUUGCUGUCUGGAGGAGAGGGGGAGUCAGUGGGGCUGGAGUCAGGUGAUCCCAAUGACCCGGGGAGUCCCCAACCCCCCAGCAACCAUGGGAUCGACAUGUCCCCCACGCCAGAGAGAAUCCCCUCCCCUUCCUCCUCAGGUACCGCCCCUUGUCUGAGCAGCUUUCUGUCUGAGAUGUCUGGAGUGGCAUCUGGGGGAGCCAAUGUAAUCGGAGGAGAUUCACUGAACCAUGCCCUGCCCAUAACCCUUACCCUGGACGGGACCCAGAGGCCUACACAGCCUGGGGGUGUUGGUAGUUACUGCCCUAGCUCAGGUGCUUCGGAGUGGGCUUCCCAGCUACCGCCUCCUCCUGGCCUCUCCUCCUCGCCCACCCACUCCUCCCUGGGUUACAGCAGCCCCAUCCUCAGCCAGUUCAAUGGGCAUUUCUACCCUGGCUUGGGCUCAGCAAAUAUCCUAUACCCACGGGAAGGCACAGAGGUCUGAAGAGACUGAUAGAGAGGGAGACAGGGAUGGGCAGAAGACAACUAGAGGUCUGAAGAGACUAAAGAAAGAAGGAGAGUGAAAGAGACUUCUACCUGAGACUGAACUGUCUGCACACACACACACACACACACACACACACACACACACACACACACACACACACACACACACACACACACACACACACACACACACACACACACACACACACACACACACACACACACACACACACACAGUAGUCCGUUAGCGCUGACAGGGCAGGGCUUAGUUGCAUGUGACAGCAGGAUGA